UUGCCAAUAAUUAAUACAUAUCUGUUUACUGGAGCUUAAGAAUAUUAAUUAAAGUUAAAAUUAGUCACAUUGUAUUAAUUUUAAUUCGUAUUUAUUAGUGCAUUCCUAGGACCUCGUUAAAAAUAUAUUUUGUGAACAUAAAAUUAAUAAAUAAUCUUAACCAAAUUAAUAAGGUUGUGUACCCAGAGCUAUUUUAACCGUCAAGGUUCAGUGAAUUGAGGUACGGGCAAUAAUUUAAACAACGUGAAAGCGGUAUGAGAGGAUCCGAUACAUUGAUUCCAGCACGGUUUCUCACUCUCCUGGGACACUUAUGCGUGCUGGUGACUCUAUUAUGGGAGAGCAAACAGAGCGUUCGUCACUGUUUGCCGAGCCAAUAUCACGAGACAUUCUUGCCGAUAUAUCACAGCCGGUUGGUUGCGGGUCUCGCCGCGUCACUUGUCCUAAUUGUGAUUGAGUUUCUGACAUUUCUCUUUGGAUUAACAAUGUUCUCUCCGUCCGUAUCAUUGACAUCUAUCGCUGGACAUGGGUUCGCUUCAAUCACCCUAACCUACUUUGUGCUAGAUGGUUGGCUCUGCGACUGGUUCUGGCCAAUUUUCUUUUUCUGUUCUGUUAUUCCCUCUUGUAUUGAUCUCGGAACUGCGGUGGUAGUCUUAUGCUCGUCCAAGUGGUGAUCCACAAUUCUUACUAGUAUUUCUUAGGUUAAGUCACUCUGUGUUUUUUCGCACAUCUGAAUUUCGUUAAGGUUUAGACUUAAAGAAGAUUUUUACUGUCACGUAACCAAUGAGCACCAGCACUUGACACAAACGCACGAUUAUAAAGCAGGAUGGUCGUUCUACUUGGUGUUAGCUGGAGUGGUCACAACCCUUGGUUCUUCGCUGCCGGUUGGGUUCAAUAUCGGUGUAGUUAAUACGCCGGCUGAGUUAAUACAACAGUUUUGUUAUGAAAGUCUACGUGAGAGGUUUAACAUCGAUUUAGAUGAGACAUGGAUGAACAUAGUCUGGUCUGCUAUUGUCUCCAUCUUUAUAGUAGGAGGAUGUACGGGAUCUAUUCUGGGUUCAGUGCUGGCUGAUAAACUUGGAAGGAAGAAUGCAACAAUCGUGACCAGUAUACUGUCAUUGGCAGGUGCUAUAAUGUUUGUGUUAUGUCGGACUGCGAAUUCCGUCGAAAUGCUUAUAUUAGGUAGACUGCUCGUCGGUUUAGCUGGUGGCCUUACAACUAGUAUAGUACCAAUGUACCUCACAGAGUUAGCCCCGCCCAGUCUUACAGGGGCCAUGGGUGUUGCCUGUCCUAUGGGGGUCAAUGUUGGCGUUUUAGUGGGACAGGUUAUGGGACUACAAGAUUUAUUAGGCAAACCCAACGACUGGCCCUACCUCUUGUCUGUGUACGCUUUACUAGUCAUUAUAUGUUUACCAGUGUUAUUUAUAUUACCAGAGAGUCCAAAAUACCUCUAUGUAGUUAAGAAAAAUGAGGCGGAGUCUUUAAGAGAACUAAGCCGUGUCCGUGGCGUAUCACCGAGUGUAUUGACAGAGGAGUUAGAUGAAUUACGAGAAGAAGUACGUAGCAACAAUGAUACCGAUCGGUACUCAAUGUGGGCGGCGCUUAAGGAUCGCAGAUUGUUACUGCCGUUGUUGUUAGUGUGUACUUCACAGGCUGGACAACAGACUAGCGGGAUUAAUGCGGUGUUCUACUACUCACAAACGAUAUUCAGGCAAGCGGGUCUAUCACGGGAGAACGCGCAAUUCGCGACAAUUGGUUGCGGGGCUAUCAAUGUAUGCACGGCUGUGAUAAUGGUCUACCUACUACCGCGGACGGGCAGGCGGCCUUUGUUACUUGGAUCUAUGUUUGGAGCGACCAUUAUUUUGGCAUUGUUAGCCGCUGCAAUGAGGUUUAUUGACGCAGUGUCAUGGAUGCCGUACGCUGCGAUGAUAGCUGUACUUUCGUACGUGCUCGUGUACGGAUUCGGUCUUGGGCCCAUCCCCUAUUUUAUUGCUUCAGAGAUAUUCGAAGUAGCCCCCCGCGGUGCUGGUAUGGCAUGGGGGUCGUUGGCCAAUUGGGGGGGUAAUUUCCUGGUGGGGAUGUGUUUCCCAAGCAUGCGUGAUUAUAUCGGUGCCUAUUCGUUCCUGGUGUUCUCAGCGGUGACGGGUGCAUUGACUGUCUUCCAUAAAUUGUACUUCCCAGAAACCCGAGGGAAAACUCCUACGCAAGUGACUGAACUCUGCAAUAACGGUCUCCGCUCGCGACCUCUAGCGGUAACCAAUCGUAACGUCUGACGUCAGGAAUACGAAUGACGUCAUCUAUUAUAAUGAAUAUUGCUUUUAGUGUUAUACGAUAAGAACAUUUGUAUAUAGUUACGAUGUAACUGCAAAGAUUAAAAUGUUUAUAUUAAACAUUGGAGGCAAAGAUAUGGAAGUAGAUCAUUAAGAAAAUCUUCACUGACUUAUAAUCUCGACUAUUUUAUUUUAAUCUUAAUUAAGUUUACUGGAAAACGCUGCUUAAUAAAUUUAACUUAAUCCUUAA